GUUUCUUCUCGGAUGUGACGUAUGAGGGUUGACUGUCAACAUGUAAGAUGGCGGCCCACCACAGACAGAAUGCCGCUGGGCGAAGGAAAGUACAGGUAUCUUAUGUGAUAAGAGACGAGGUGGAGAAGUACAAUCGCAAUGGGGUGAAUGCUCUUCAGCUGGACCCUACACUGAACCGGCUCUUCACGGCUGGAAGAGACUCUAUCAUCAGGAUAUGGAGUGUCAACCAGCAGAAGGACCCUUACAUCGCUUCCAUGGAGCACCAUACAGACUGGGUCAAUGACAUCGUCCUCUGUUGCAAUGGAAAGACAUUGAUAUCUGCUUCAUCAGACACGACAGUGAAAGUGUGGAACGCACAGAAAGGAUUCUGCAUGUCAACGUUACGAACUCACAAGGACUAUGUGAAGGCAUUGGCAUAUGCUAAAGACAAGGAGCUGGUGGCGUCAGCAGGGUUAGACAGACAGAUCUUCCUGUGGGAUGUCAACACACUAACAGCACUGACUGCCUCCAACAACACUGUCACCACGUCGUCCCUCAGUGGGAACAAAGACUCCAUCUACAGCUUGGCUAUGAACCAGAUGGGGACAGUCAUCGUGUCUGGCUCCACUGAAAAGGUCCUGAGAGUAUGGGACCCUAGGACGUGUGCUAAGCUGAUGAAGCUGAAAGGCCACUCCGACAACGUCAAGUCCCUGUUGCUGAACAGGGACGGCACACAGUGUCUGUCAGGCAGCUCAGAUGGAACCAUCAGGUUGUGGUCUCUGGGGCAGCAGAGGUGUAUCGCUACGUAUCGGGUCCACGACGAGGGAGUGUGGGCCCUGCAGGUGAACGACGCCUUCACACACAUCUACUCUGGAGGCAGAGACAAGAAGAUCUUCUGCACCGAUCUGAGGAACCCUGAUAUCAGAGUACUCAUCUGUGAGGAGAAGGCCCCUGUACUGAAGAUGGAACUGGACAGGACAGCUGACCCUCCUCCUGUUAUCUGGGUCUCCACCACCAAGUCAUCUGUUAACAAAUGGUGUUUAAAGGGAAUCCACAACUUCCGGGCGUCUGGGGAUUAUGACAAUGACAUCAUCACUCCCAUGACCCCACUGUGUACAACGCCUGAACAGGUCAUCAAAGGAGGGGCCAGUAUAAUUCAGUGUCACAUUCUGAAUGACAAGAGGCACAUCGUCACCAAAGACACCAACAACAAUGUUGCAUCCUGGGACGUGCUGAAAGCCUGUAAGGGAGAGGACCUGGGGAAAGUAGAGUUUGAUGAAGAGAUCAAGAAGAGGUUCAAGCAAGUCUACGUCCCAAACUGGUUCUCUGUCGACCUCAAGACGGGGAUGCUGACCAUCACGCUGGAUGAGAGUGACUGCUUCGCUGCCUGGGUGUCUGCUAAGGAUGCUGGCUUCUCAAGCUCCGAUGGAUCGGACCCAAAGUUGAACCUUGGUGGACUGCUACUUCAGGCCCUGCUAGAGUUCUGGCCCAGGACGCACAUCAACCCCAUGGAUGAGGAGGAGAACGAGGUCAACCAUGCAGCAGUGAAUGGGGAGCAGGAGACGCGGGUACAGAAGGGGAAUGGGUACUUCCAGGUGCCUCCACACACUCCAGUCAUCUUCGGAGAGGCAGGAGGGAGGACUCUGUUCCGACUGUUGUGUAGGGACUCGGGUGGGGAGACGGAGUCUAUGUUACUGAAUGAGACAGUCCCACAGUGGGUCAUAGACAUCACCGUGGACAAGAACAUGCCGAAAUUCAACAAGAUCCCGUUCUACCUUCAACCCCACUCUUCUUCUGGAGCCAAGACACUGAAGAAGGACCGUCUGUCUGCCAGUGACAUGCUGCAGGUGAGGAAGGUGAUGGAGCACGUCCAUGAGAAGAUCAUUAACCUGGACACGGAGUCCCAGACCACUGCUUCCUCCUUGGCAGCCAAUGACAAGCCAGGAGAGACAGAGAAGGACGAGGACAUGGCCCUCAUGGCCGAGGAGAAGAUUGAACUGAUAUGUCAAGACCAGGUCCUGGACCCAAACAUGGACCUGCGAACUGUCAAGCAUUUUAUCUGGAAGAGCGGAGGAGACUUGACGCUUCACUAUAGGCAGAAAUCUACGUGAGGCAGACACCUCAUUUAAGGGAUAAAGAGACAGUUUCUUCGCACAUCCUACCGUCCUCCAUCUUCAGCCCCAAUGAUUGGCUGGCCGUGAGAGGGUAGGCGUAUCACCCCACCCACUCUGUUUAUCAGGGUCGUUAUUCAUUAGACACCGUAUGGGAGAAACCAUGGACUAAAUCUGAAUUUAUCCAAUAAGAAUCACUUUUUUCCCCCCCUCUCUCCAUUUGCCGUUGCGUAUUAAUACAAUUACAACCCAGAGGUUUGAGGAGACGUUUUCUCUGGCCAUUUGAGGGAGGUGGGUGACUUCGUAUCAUAGGAAACUCAACCGGACAGACCGGUGAAGCCCGGAGACUAGUGAGAGAUUCACGAUGAAUGGCGCUUCUUUCUGCAGACUGUGCUAUAAUGGAAUGAUCAAUGAAUCAAAUAUUUUAUCAAAAUGAAAAAGAAUGUUGUUUGUCCUUUUUCCUUUGUGAUGUCAUAGUCAAAUGGAAUAGUUAGUUUCCUUUGUGAUGUCAUAGUAAACUGGAAUAGUUCUGGUAGUAUGUCAUUCAUGUAUAUAUGUGCUGUUUUGUUCUUGUACAUUCCAGAAACAGCCCUUUGCUCCUUCCUUCACCGAUACUAUGUCCCAGUUCUCAACCCUUCUGCACUUGCACACUUUCUCGUGUAUGUUUUUACAAUGCAGGAAACUUCUUCCAGCCAUUGCUUUUCCCCAACUCCUAUGCUUUUAGAUCCAUGAUAGGGGGGGGACUAUGCAAGUGUAUACUUCUGGGGGAAAGUGAGGCUACAUCCCGAUUCUCCACUCUCUAGGACCUGAAGUUCCUCCUUACCGCGUGACUUGACCAGGAGCAACUCCUGGCCCUAACUCCACCUACCUGGACAACUAUUUAAGCCAAUCAAUGUUCGUCCCUGACUAUGUUGUUGUUCAUGGCUUAUUUCUGUCAACCCGAAUUAGGACUGACUGACUUCAGAGAUUGAAUAUUUUUGUUGUUGUAAAUAACAUGCAUAAAGCAUUCAUGUUCUUUUUAUUUUUCAGGACGUUAUGUUUAAAAAUGUUUUGUACAGUUUAACAAGUCAGAGAGAUUAACUUUGAUCAAAGGUUUUUGAUUCAAUGUUUUUUUUUCUCUCAGAAUCCUGAGAAAAGCACACGAUAUCAAAAAGGACAGAUUUCCUAGCCUGGUCCCGGAUCUGUUUGUGCUGUCUAGCCAACUUAUAACUGUCAACAAUGAUCUGGGACCAGGCUACAGAUUUUCAAGUAUGUUUGUAGUUGUCUAAGCAAUCAGGAUACAAACAAGGUAUUUCUUAAAUCACACAUUGUAACAUUGGGCAUCUGGUGGACAAAGUUUACACAUUUUAAAGUGAAAUCUCCACCCAGACUUGUUUUAUGAUCAUGAACCAAUAUUCACAUCUUCCAAGAGGGCUAUUGUAUAAUGUUUCAUAUAGCUAGACAGUAAUUGGUUCUAGGAUGUUAGUUAAAAGAAUAAAAAUUCUCAUACUACAGUGUUUAUACAUAUAACUUAACUGCGUAACCAAAUUGAAAAUGUAAUGUAAAACCAUAGAUUGGAUGGGAUGCACACUUACUUGGGACGAGUGAAAUAACUAGUUUGAGUAAAUUGUCUUUAUUUUUAGUUUGUUAUUGACUUGUUCCCCCCCCCCACACAAGAAAGGUGUGUAUCAGUAAUGCAUUACUAUGGUGACGAGUUAAGAUGAAGCUCCAGUAACUGUACACCAUAGAAAUAGAAAGACUUUCUAUGGUGUAGACAGCAAGACGCCGUAUUCUACAGUAUUUAUAUCCCGUUGGUUGUAACUACUGGUGGAUGAUGUAUAUUUUGGGCUUUCAACAGCAUAUUAAAUUUGAAUGUUUUUAAUAGACCGAAA